GCCACCUUUGACUACAGCACCUACCACACCUUGGAUGAGAUCAACGAGUUCAUAGACCUGCUGGUGGCUGAAAACCCUGACCUGGGCAGCAAGCUGGAGAUCGGCCAGUCGACGGCCCUCUAUGUGCUCAAGUUCAGCAAAGGGGGGACGAACCGCCCGGCCGUCUGGAUCGACACCGGCAUCCACUCCCGCGAAUGGGUGACGCAAGCCAGCGGCGUCUGGUUCGCCAAGAAGAUUGUCCUGGAUUAUGAGAAUGGUGAAGGUCUGGCCUCCGUCCUGGAUGAGUUGGACAUCUUCCUGGAGAUAGUCACCAACCCAGAUGGCUUUGCCUUCACCCAAACCCAGAACCGCUUGUGGCGCAAGACCAGGUCCAAGCACACGAGCUCCAUUUGCGUCGGUGUGGACCCCAACCGCAACUGGGACUCGGGUUUUGGAGAGGCCGGGGCCAGCUCGAACCCCUGCUCGCAGACGUACCGCGGACCCUACGCCAACUCGGAGCCUGAGGUGAAGGCCAUCGUGGACUUCGUGAAGAACCACGGGAACAUCAAGGCUUUCAUCUCCAUCCACAGCUACUCCCAGCUCCUGCUCUACCCCUACGGCCACACCAGCACCCCAGCACCUGACCAGGAGGAACUGGACGAGAUUUCAGCCAGCGCGGUUGCAGCUCUGUCUUCUCUGUACGGCACGAGCUACGAGUACGGCAGCAUUUACACCACCAUCUAUCAAGCCAGCGGAUCAUCUGUUGACUGGGCGUACGACCAGGGCAUCAAGUACUCCUUCACCUUCGAGCUGCGGGACACGGGGAGCUACGGGUUCCUUCUUCCUGCCGAGCAGAUCAUCCCCACCGCCGAGGAGACGUGGCUGGCGCUGAAGGUCAUCAUACUGUACACGCGGGAUCACCUCUACUAA